AUGCUUGAAGAUCAUUCUUUACAAGUUGGAUUGAGUUACAGCCUUGUCAACAUCAGCUCUCAGCAGAGUGGAUUCUACUACUGUGUGGCUGAGAAUGAGAUUGGGAAACACAACUCUUCAUCAGUACACAUAAAUGUAACAUCACACACCUACACCUGGUACAGAAGGAAGAAUGGGUCUGAAUCCUCAUGGCUAGGACAAUCUUACAGCAUCACUAGCAUCAGCAGUGAGCACAGUGGGCUCAGGAAGAAUAGGUCUGAAUCUACAAGGAUCGGAGAAGGGCAGACGUACAACAUCACUUACAUCAGCACUGAGCACAGUGGACUUUACUACUGUAAGGCAGAGAACAGACACGGAGCCAGUGAUUCCAGAGCCACAUAUUUGGAUGUGCACUACUCCCCCAGGAACACCUCAGCAUCACUCAGCCCCUCUGGUGACCUUCAUGAGGGUGACUCAGUGACUCUGACCUGCAGCAGUGAUGCCAACCCACCAGUGCACAACUACACCUGGUACAGGAAGACCGGAGAUGGAACAGUUCUUCAGGGCACAGGGAGGAUGCUGAACCUCACUCUUAACCUCGUCUCUGGUGUGGAUGGACUAUAUCACUGUGAGGCACGAAAUAAGGUCGGCUCGAAGAACUCAACUGCAGUAGUGAUCUCCUUGGCAGAUCCUGGCUUGCUCAGAGGAAUCAUGUUUAGUGCUUUGGGGGUCAUCUCAGCUGUAACUCUCCUGCUGGUGGUUGUCGUGUGCUGGAGGAGACAGAAGACUCAAUCAACAAAAACCUCAAGGAGCACACACAGCAACACACAGGGAACCUCUGAUCCUGUCUAUGACAACGUCUCCACAAUGCCCUUGGCCUCUGGCUGUGGACAGAGAGUCCCUGCAGAUCACAAAGAUGAUGAAGACGAUGUCCAGUACGCCAGCGUCCAGUUUAAGCCCAAAAAACAGCAGGCAGUGCCCAGCCAGGACGAGGACGUCCAGUACGCCAGCGUCCAGUUCAACAAAUCCAAACCAGAGCCUAACGUUCCUCAGCAACCUCCAUCUGACAUGCCUCAGGAGGAGACCCAGUACGCCUCACUGAAUCUGCAGGGACUCAGUGCUGCCACCCAAACUGGGGACGAGUCUGCAAUAUACAGCACCGUCAACAAGAAGUCCAAACCAUGAGAGACUGAUGGCCUGACCAGAACACUGGUCUGUCACUGAGUAGUGAGAUUUGCAGUGUUGGCUCAUAGUUUUAUUGAUAAGCUUGAGAUGCUUUGCAGACGUCCCACCAUCGGGAUCGAUACCCCUCUGCCCUACAUCCCCUCUACAUUACUAAUCCAUUUUAUGCAUCAUAUUGUUAAGUAGCAUGGUCAUAUUAUGGAUGAGUACUGAAAUUUGCAGUGAUGUUUAUAGUUGUAUUGAUAAGCUAUUUAAUGAAUAAGUAAACGCCUUGAUUCAGCUUGGCUUGAUGAUUUGUAUAGCAGUGAGGCUGAUCAGUCCAGUAUUUAAAAUGUGAUAGUACAGUGUGUGAGGCCUCAUCAUUUGUUACACCAUGUUAUAUUUAUAUAUAUUUACGUGAGAUACAUUUUGAUAUAAAAAUAAUUAUGCAGUUAUACAUUGUGAGUGAGCGUGCGUGCCUGCAUGCGUGUGUGUGUGUGUGUCUGUAACCCAUCAUGUUAUAUGCUUGUGCUCUGUCAGCUGAGACUGGUGCUAUGGGACCCUGCUCCAACAUAAUUUGCAUAUUCUUAUACUUGUUCUAGGUCUCCCCAAAGUGAACAUAGAACCUAGAACAUAGAACCUCAGGGGAACAGAGUGAAUGAUCAGGACACAUCAGAGACACGCUGUACAAGUAGAAUUAGUAUUAUUUUUUAUUCUAGUCAUUAAAUA